GGAAGAAAAGGGCGGGAGGGGGUUUUUCGUCUUUUAAGAAGAUGCCAAGGUGGCCUCGGUGGUGUAGAGAGCAGCCGUCGGUCGAGAGAAAUAGAGAAGGGAAAAAAGAAAAGAAGAGAAGACAUAAACAAGCAUUUAAAAGAAGGUUACAGAGGUUGUCUUCUUAAGGCAAGUUCGUAGGGCAAGGCAAGGCAAAUGCAAGGCAAGCAGAAGGGAGAAAUUCUCAUACACGCAAAGAAAGGAAUGAGAGCUUCUCUCUCUGUAUAAGUCUCUCUCUCUCUCUCUCUCUCUCUCUCUCUCUCUCUCUCUCUCUCUCUCUCUCUCUCUCUCUCUCUCUCUCCAUGGCUAGCUUCUUCUUCUUCAGCUCUACUAUUGCUCGCUUUUUCCUUCUCUUUUAUCUCUUAUCUUCAGAUUUCGGCCUACUACAUGGAGUUGCACCACUAGGCAUCAACUACGGCCAAGUAGCAAACAAUCUACCACCACCAGACAAGGCCAUCACCCUCUUAACCUCCAUCAGGGUCACCAAAACAAGGAUAUAUGACACCAACCCUCAAAUCCUCACCGCACUCGCAAACUCCGGCAUCGAAGUCAUCGUGACCGUCCCCAAUGAGCAAUUGAGUGUGAUGAAGGACCCCAAUCAAGCCCUCCAAUGGGUCGCAGCCAAUGUGAAGCCCUACUUCCCAUCCACCAACAUCACCGGGAUCGCCGUCGGCAAUGAGAUCUUCACCACUGAGGACCCAAUCCUCGUGUUGAACCUAGUCCCCGCAAUGGUCAGCAUACAGAACGCGCUCGUCCGGCAUGGCCUAGCAUCUUACAUUCAUGUGUCGACCGCAAACUCCCUAGCGGUGCUAGAUAACUCAUAUCCACCAUCUGCUGGGGCCUUCAGCAGCAACCUCGCUGGGGUCAUGACACCUUUACUGAAGUUCUUGGCAGACACAAGGUCCCCAUUUUGGAUUAAUGCCUACCCAUACUUCGCUUACAAAGACAAUUCAAAUAAGAUCCCUUUGGACUAUGUGCUUUUCAACCCUAAUACUGGAAUGAUGGACCCAUACACCAAGCUGCACUAUGAUAACAUGCUCUAUGCACAGGUUGAUGCAGUUAUCUUUGCCAUUGCUAGGAUGGGGUUUGGAGGGUUGGAAGUUAGGGUUUCUGAGACUGGCUGGCCAUCCAAAGGAGACGCAGAUGAGUUUGGUGCAACCCUACAAAAUGCAGCUAUUUACAACAGGAACUUGCUACGAAGGCAGAUGAUGAGUGAAGGGACCCCUCUAAGGCCUAACCAAAGGCUAGAGGUUUAUCUGUUUGCUUUGUUCAAUGAGGACAUGAAGCCUGGACCGACGUCAGAGCGCAACUACGGGCUGUUCCAGCCGGACGGUACCAUGGCUUACAAUUUCGGGUUGGCCGGAAAGUCUUCUUCUUCUACCUCCACGACAUCCGUUUCACUAACUUCAUCUGCUGCUCAGGCAGCAAGCAAGGAAUUUCGAAGCUUGGCAUGUUGGACUUUUGUAUAUCUAUUUACAUUUGAAGCUUUAAUGAGAUGGCCACUAUAGAAUAACAAAGGGUUUGUUAUGGAUAUUUUUUUAUCUGACAAGGAAAAUAUGCGCAAAAGACUUGAUUUUUCUCGUAGAUUCUGUGCAUACAAAGUGUUAAAAACACUUUAAAAAACUGUAAAGUUUCCCAGCACCACCUGCAUCAAUUCAGGUGGGCCUCAUCAACCAUGUAUUGUGGAAUUUUA